UGUAAAGGAGGUGGAACAUAAGACGAGAAUCGAGUGCGACGAGCGGCAGAACUGUUUCGUACUGGUGAUUGAUAAUUUUCUGUCGCUCUAGUCAUACAUUCGAAUUGUUCGACAAAGAAAUACGAUUGUAGUGUUCUGUUGGUGCAUUUAGGAAUAAAAAUUCAUCUACAAAAUGCUAAGUAAAAUUGUUAAUAUGACACUAUCGAUUCACAGCGUGAUUGGUUAAGCCAGUGUUCAAUGCAAGUAUGGCCGCCCUGCCAUCACCCACGCAGGUGGCUGGAAGCCAUACUGUUAUAUAUGAAGCCUAUUAUAAUCAGGUUGAUCCACAUGGAUAUGGACGAAUCGGUGCAAUGGAAGCUGCGAGAUUUCUUAAGAAAUCCCAGCUGAGCGAUAAAGUGUUAAGUCAAAUAUGGGACAUGGCAGAUCCGCAAUCUCGUGGAUCUUUAGAUAAAUCUGGUCUUUUCGUUGCUUUGAAACUUUGUGCAUUGGCGCAAGCAGGAAGGGACGUUAGUAUGUCGAAUUUAAGUAUGGAAUUGCCUCCUCCAAAGAUGGGUGAUAUUCCUGUAAUAUCUCAGAAAAAUGUAGUUAAUAAUUUGCCAGUAAUAACAUCUGUCAAUAAUGGAGAUUGGUCUAUCAAACCUUCGGAGAGAGCAAAAUAUGAUCAACUUUUUGAUAGUUUGCAACCUGCAAAUGGAUAUAUACCUGGGAAUAAAGUUAAAGGUGUUCUUAUGGAUAGUAAGCUUCCUCUGGAUACACUUGGAACGAUUUGGGACCUUGCAGAUAUGGAUAAGGAUGGUAUGCUGGAUAGACAUGAAUUUGUUGUUGCUAUGCAUCUAGUAUAUAAAGCUUUAGAGAAAUAUGCGAUACCAAGUGUACUUCCACCAGAAUUAAUGCCACCUGGGAAAAGAAAAGAUAUUACCAUACCAGUAUCAAAAUCUCCUGCACCGAUAGGAAUGACAACAGCUCCACCACCUAUACCACCUUUACCUAAUGCAUCAGUUGUAAAGAGUAUGGCUGGUCUGGAUAUAUCAAAGACAAAUGUGCAGUGGGUAGUUUCUUCUGAAGAACAAAUAGCAGCAGAUAAAUUGUUUUUGCAAGCUGAUAUGGAUAUGGAUGGAUAUGUCUCAGGUCUUGAAAUCAAAGAUGUCUUCCUUCAAAGUGGACUUCCACAGGCUGUAUUGGCUGAUAUAUGGGGUCUCUGUGACACGUGUCAAAGUGGAAAGUUAAAUAAGGAACAAUUUGCUUUAGCUAUGUGGCUUAUUAAGCAAAAGCUUAGAGGUGUUGAUCCACCUGCAAGUUUGACUCCCGACAUGAUACCGCCUUCUAUGCGAAAACCAUCUGAUACUGUUGUGGAAAAUAACAAUAUAUCUGGCUAUUCAAACCCAGAAUUAGAUAUGAUAAGUAAAGACAUAGCUGAACUUGUGAGAGAAAGGCAAAGCAUGGAACAAGACAUAGCGCAAAAGGAAGCUGAUAUCAAGAUAAAACGCGGUGAAAUUAAAAGCUUGCAGAGUGAAUUAGACACGCUUGCUGCUACUUUAAAACAACUCGAAAAUCAGAAGGGUGAAGCACAAAAGCGAUUGAAUGACUUGAAGGCUCAGAAGGCUGAAGUAGAUAAAGAUUUGAGUGAGGUCGAGCAGAAGAUUCUUGAGGAACAAAAAAAGGUUGAUAAACUACGACAACAAGCAGAAGAGCAAGAGUCCGUGUUGCGCACUCAAGAAGACGAACUGAACUUUAAACGACAAGAAUUGGAAGGCUUGAGACAAGAGGAGCAGCAGUUAGAACAGCAGCAAAACAAAAGCAGGGACCAAUUAAAUGAACUUACUAAAAAUUUGCAAGAUACUCAGUUGCAAAUUAGUCAAGCGAAAGCAAAAAUCACUCAUUUACAAGAACAGCAACGUCAAAUGAGCGAUGCAAUCGCACUUUACGACUCUGCACUUGCUGCAGGGGAUGCCACUCUUGUACCUGAUACUAGUCUGCAAUUUAAUCCUGAAAUUGAAGAUUUAGAGUAUGAAACAACGACAAACAAUGUGGAUGAAACAAAAGAACAGAAAGCAGAUUCAUUCUCUAAUGCAAACGGAACGGCAACUAUGGAUGGUUUUGAACAAGAUCCUUUUGCUUCGAAUAAAGCCCAAGAAGCAUUUAGUGCAUCAACACCAGAUCCAUUUGGAAGUGCAUUUCCGUCGCAAUCUACUACAGGUGGAUUCACAUCUGAUCCAUUUAAUGCAUUUGAUAAUAGUAAUGUUAUAAAGCAGGAUCCAUUUGAUCCAUUUGGAGAUGGAAAGAAACCUGAGAUUAAACCCACAACUGCAACAACAGCAACAAAGGAUCCAUUUGGUGAUGAUCCAUUUGCGAAUCUUCAUGCCCCACCUCGUCCAGAAAGUCCUAGUCCUGCCCUUCCUCCUAAAAAAGCAAAACAACCUCCACCACGACCAGCACCUCCACGGCCUUCUCAAGGACCUACCGGUCCUUUAAGAGCAGCACCAGCACCACCUACUCCUUCCCCUACUCCAGACCCUUUCGCGAAUGCUAAUUCCGAUCCUUUUUCUGCUCAACAAGGAAUUAUCGAUAAUAACAACAGUGGUUUCACUUCAUCUACUGGAUUCGCCGAUUUUGCAAAUUUUGACUCCAAGCCGGAACCAACACUGAAUCGAACAACACCACCCAGACCAACGAGCAGAGCACACACGGUAUCGAUGGUAACUCCAAAGCUGCCCGACUUCACGGAAGAUCCAUUUAGGGAUUACCGAUACGUGGAUCCAUUUAACAUAGCGGAUCCAUUCGCUGACGACGCUGAAGAUUUCAACGCGAACAAGAAUAACGAAAUGGGUAAGAUGGAUCCGUUCAGUUAUGGAACUUCCUCGGUACUUUCUCGUAAGAAUUCUUUCACAAAAGCCUUCGAAACUGAUUUCUCCAACACGUUCCCGCUUGCUAAGAAUAAAAUCGAAAAGGACAAUGCUAAAUUCGACGCUGACUUUGUGAAAGCGUUCUCCGACGACAACAGAAAUAUAAAGGUAAUCGAGUCCGAUGCCUUUCCCAACACCAAGACAAAAACAGUCGACAUAGACGAAGCAUUUUCAACAAAGAGCGAAAAGUCUGCUAGAAGACAGGGACUAGAUUUAGGACUGAGUAAAUCUAAAGCUAGUUUCAAUGAUAAAAAAUCGAAAGCCGACCUCGGUAAAAUUUGGAACGGUAACAAUCCGCCGUUGGCGUUGACCGAAGAGGAACAAUUUCUCUGGGCAUCCAAAGAGAGCAUGAAGUUCGAGGAAGAAAGACGCAGACGCAAGCAGAAGGAAGACGCGGAAUUAGCUUUAGCACUUGAACUGAGUAAGAAAGAAAAGUCUGGCAAGUUGUAGAACCUUGGGUACGCGGAACGCAUUCAUUUCCAUUUGUUCAGUUGGAAUAGCAUAUUUUCGGGCACAACGACUUCACGAAUCUUGAUACGAAAUCAGGAACUGGAAGGUAUAUGAUAUGUUAAAAUUCAUACAAUCGUAAUAAACUGUCGAGAUUUCGAGAUCCGCACUAAUUAAGGCUAUAAAGAAUAUCUGCGAGAACUGCAAUUACGUAUAAUGCUUACUUUUAAUACUAUUUAGCAUAUCAUAACUGCUGUGAAAUGAGAACAGAAAAAUAUUUAGAUGGAAUUAGAGGAAGCAUACGAAUAUCCAAAUGUUCAUAGAGGCAUAUAUAUAUUAUUAAUCAUAAACAAAAAAUCGACAAAGCAUUUUUCAUCAUAAGUAAUCGGUUCUCGAUGUGGCCUUUUCGUUCUUCACUUCGCGUACGAUGCAUUCGAUCACAUCCGUAAAACAACUGAAAUGUUACUGUAUAUCAUUUGAAUGUAAAAAUUUAUAUUGGACCGUGCGCCAUUUUCGGCAUUCCGGUUUAUCCGCAGUGAUCGAUAAACUUUUGUAAAAAGGUAAAAAAAAAAAAACAAACAAAAAUAUAUUCAUUAUUGCCUUGCAAUAUCGAAUUCUAAAAUAACAACACUUAAUAUACGCGUAGCUGGUUGUACACUUAUCGCUAAACGUAAAUUAGCAAUGUAUAAAGGCAAAAAUGUAAUGGCAGAUUUCAUUGGAUUGACAAUAAAACGUUGUGUACACGAAUUCCGUGAGUUUAAAGCGUGGGGAAUAGUAAUUAAACGGCGAAUUCGUUGAAACGGAAGAAUGAACUACUCAGCGUCGUUAUUGUAAAACGCACUUUCAGCUAUACGUCUGUACAUUCGCGAAUAGCAUGCGGAGUAACGUUUCUGUUUGCUGUUUAAUAUUGCACCCGUAACGACGCUACAAUGUAUAACACCGUCUAAACUCGACAUGUCUUCAACAGUAUUCGUCGCGAUCAUGAAGAUAUGAGAAGAAACCUCCGAACUAUAUAAAUGUUAAUAAGUAGAAGUACGGAUUAAAACGUAACUUAUGAAGUUUACCGAAGUCAUCGUCACACGCUAAACAUGCUUUCGAACACUAUGAUCGUGUGUAAGGAAAAUUUCAAUCGUUAUUAGGUUUUUAUCACAAGUUGCGAGACACGUGUUCCCUUGAAGAUGUGAUUACGAAAGGUAAUGAAAAGGUUUAUUUUUUAUCAAAUCCGGAUUCGAUGAACAGAUGAAUGAAAAAAAGAGAAAAGGAGGUGAGAAUAAUAAACGACUGUAUCAAUAUGUUAACAGUAAGCGAACCGUUCUAAAUAAUGUUUGCGUAAAUGCCGUAUAAUUCAGCCUUCGGUCUCAGUACGUCCCAAAGAAUAAGGUGUUCAAAUGAAGCGUAGCUCCGUGUUUGUCCCCGAGAUCAUGCGUCGCGUGGAAUCUUUGAAAUCAAACACAAAGGGCCGCGUCUAUGUUUAUUUUACCAUUGUAUCUUGUAACUUCACAACGACAAUGUAUUACGCAUGGUGUAUAUAUAUAUAUUACUAUCUGUAUUAUUUUAUCGUGAUCAUUACGAUUGUGUUAUUAUUGUUAUAUCGCGAUUACUAUUAUUAAUAUUAUUGAUACUAUAGCGUCUAUGUAAGGCACACGUGCUGUCUAUAUCAUUUACCAGUGAACGAAAAUAAGUGUACUGUGAAAUCGUAUUAUGUAUGUUUCUUCCUUAAUUUCUUUGUUUGCGUAUCCAUUACAUAUUUUGUCAUAAUUUCGAUCGUCCUUCGAGAACUGCGCGUAUGGAUCCUAAUCGUAGAUAUACAAACACAUACGUGACAGAUAACUAUCACCCGAAUAAAUGGAAUUACGAUGU